AUGAACACCUCUUAUUUUCAUGCUUGCUUGAAAAAGCGUAAAGAAGAGAAUAGAAUUGCAACCUACCUAAUUGAGCAAGGUAGAUUGAUUGAUAAUUUUCCUGAUGUGGUUUCUCAUUAUUUGGAUCACUUUAGAAGUUCUAUGGGUAGUCCCAGUUCAGCUACUACGAAGAUAAACUUACAAUGUGUUGAGUUGGGUCAUGAUGGGUUUGGUUCUGCUUUUUUCAAGGUAUUAUGGCUAGAUAUUGGUGGUGAAAUAUGUAGAGCAGUUGGACAUUUCUUUGAGACAAGAAUUUUUCCUGUUGAGCUUCAUAAUACAACUCUUUCUUUGGUUCCUAAAACUAAUAAUCCUUCUCGGUCUAUGGACUACAGGCCUAUUGCUUGUUGUUCUACCAUAUACAAGUGCAUAUCAAAACUGUUAUGUUCCCGAUUGGCCAUGGUCCUUCCUGAUCUAGUUCAACCGAAUAAAGGUUGGAUUAUGACUUGCCUAAAAAACACAACAUACUCCUUGCUUAUGAAUGGAAGGGUUCAAGGUAGUUUCAAGGGAGAGAAAGGGCUGCGUCAAGGUGAUCCUAUGUCUCCACUUUUGUUUGUUCUAAUCAUGGAAUAUCUUACUCGGAGUCUUCAAUUGGCAGCUCAGGAUUCCACUUUCAGACUUCACCCUAUGUGUAAAAGUCUUAAACUCCUCAGUCUAUGCUUUGCUGAUGACUUGUUUUUAUUUUGCAAGGGGUCUCUUUCUGCUGUUAGAGUGUUAAAAGUAGCUCUAGAGGAGUUUAGUUCUGCUACAGGGGUCCAUGUUAAUACUAGCAAAUCUCACAUCUUUUUUAGGGGAGUUAAUGCAGCAGAUAAACAGACCAUAGCUCAUGAGAUUCAGCUUGCUGAAGGGACCUUUCCUCUUAAGUAUCUAGGUGUUCCUAUGCGGCCAACCAAGUGGAAACAUGAAGAUUGUGAUAUUAUUAUCCAAAAUAUCAAAAUGCGGUUACAUACUUGGGCUAGUAGGCAUCUGCCUUUUGCUGGCCGAAUUCAGCUUAUACAUUCAGUUUUGUUUGGGCUUCGUAAUUACUGGAUGAGAAUAUUUGUGCUUCCCCAAAGUGUUGUUAAGGAAGUUGAAAAACUUUUUCAUGGCUUUCUCUGGGGUAUUACUAGUGCUUCUUGGAAGAAGUUUUGUCUCCCUAAGGCUUAUGGUGGUCUCGGUUUCAUGGAUGGUUCAAAUUGGAACCGAGCUAUUUUAACUAAGUAUAUUUGGGCCAUUUCUGAGAAGCAUGAUUUGCUUUGGGUCAAAUGGAUUAACUCUAUCUAUUUGAAAGACUCCAGUUUCUGGAAUUACAAGCUGAAACAUGAUUUGAGCUGGGAUUGGAGGAAACUUUGUCAUUUGAGGGGAAAAUUCAGUCUAGUUAAGAUGAAAGUUGCUGGUGUAACAGGGAUAUUUAAAGCCUUUAAACUCUAUAACAGUACUAUUUGCCAACAACAGGUGGGCUGUCAUCAAGCUGUUUGGUGCAGGCUAUCUAUCCCUAAGCAUCAUUUUUUACUUUGGCAAGUGGUAAACUCUCAGCUUCUUACUCGAGACAACAUGCUCAGGUUCUGUAUUCCACUUGAAUCUCUUUUAUGUUCUGUUUGUGGUUUCUAUAAUGACAGUCACACUCAUCUCUUCUUUGAGUGUUAUCUUUUCAAGAAGGUAACCGAUUUAAUCUUUGCUUGGAUGGGGUUUAGAGCUUGGCCUAAUGAGUUUACUGGUUGGACGGUUUGGCUUGCUAGUAGAAGACUUGGAAUCAUUUCUUCCAUCACCAAUAUGAUUUUGGCUGCUAUUAUAUAUUACCUCUGGAGGAACCAAAACAGAUGCAUGUUUGAUGGGUUUACUUGGACUGUUGGUUAUCUAGCAAUUGAUAUCAUGAAUAUAAUCCAGUACAGUAUAGGUUGGGUUGAAUUGGGUGUAUUUCCUUGUACAGCUGUAUUGGUUGGUUGA